CCUCGGUGCCCGCGCGCCCUCCCCAGCCAUGUCGUCCAUCCUGCCCUUCACCCCCCCGAUCGUGAAGCGCCUGCUGGGCUGGAAGAAGGGCGAGCAGAACGGGCAGGAGGAGAAGUGGUGCGAGAAGGCGGUCAAGAGUUUGGUCAAGAAGCUCAAGAAGACGGGGCAGCUGGACGAGCUGGAGAAGGCCAUCACCACGCAGAACGUCAACACCAAGUGCAUCACCAUCCCCAGGUCCCUGGAUGGCCGACUGCAGGUGUCUCAUCGGAAAGGGCUCCCCCAUGUCAUCUACUGCCGCCUGUGGAGAUGGCCCGACCUGCACAGCCACCAUGAGCUGCGGGCCAUGGAGCUGUGUGAGUUCGCCUUCAACAUGAAGAAGGACGAGGUCUGCGUGAACCCCUACCACUACCAGAGGGUAGAGACCCCAGUUCUACCUCCGGUGUUGGUGCCGCGCCACACAGAGAUCCCGGCCGAGUUCCCGCCGCUGGACGACUACAGCCAUUCCAUCCCCGAGAACACUAACUUCCCCGCGGGCAUCGAGCCGCAGAGCAAUAUUCCAGAAACCCCACCCCCUGGCUACCUGAGUGAAGAUGGAGAAACCAGUGACCACCAGAUGAACCACAGCAUGGAUGCAGGUUCUCCAAACCUAUCCCCGAACCCGAUGUCCCCAGCACACAGUAACUUGGACCUGCAGCCCGUCACCUACUGCGAGCCAGCCUUCUGGUGCUCCAUCUCCUACUACGAGCUGAACCAGCGUGUCGGGGAGACAUUCCACGCCUCGCAGCCCUCCAUGACAGUGGAUGGCUUCACCGACCCCUCCAACUCGGAGCGCUUCUGCCUCGGGCUGCUCUCCAACGUCAACAGGAACGCCGCCGUGGAGCUCACGCGGAGGCACAUUGGGCGAGGCGUGCGGCUCUACUACAUCGGAGGGGAGGUCUUCGCCGAGUGCCUCAGCGACAGCGCCAUCUUCGUGCAGUCCCCCAACUGUAACCAGCGCUAUGGCUGGCACCCUGCCACCGUCUGCAAGAUCCCACCAGGAUGCAACCUGAAGAUCUUUAACAACCAGGAGUUUGCUGCCCUCCUGGCUCAGUCCGUCAACCAGGGCUUCGAGGCCGUCUACCAGCUGACUCGCAUGUGCACCAUUCGCAUGAGCUUCGUCAAAGGCUGGGGAGCGGAGUACAGGAGACAGACGGUGACCAGCACCCCCUGCUGGAUUGAGCUGCACCUGAAUGGGCCUUUGCAGUGGCUUGACAAGGUCCUCACCCAGAUGGGCUCCCCAAGCAUCCGCUGUUCCAGUGUGUCUUAGAGACAGUGGGUGGAGGGGAGGGCGGGCUUGGGGAAAAUGGCCGCAUAGGAGGUGGAGAAAACUGGAACUCGACUCAACUCACUGUUGUCAAGGAAGAAGACAUUUUUCUCCCUCAACCGAAGUGGCACCAACCUGUUCUCCAAAACACAAAAGCAAACCCAGAGAUGGGUUUUAUGAACAGCUGUUUGCUGAACAUUUGCCCUCUGGCCCAAUUUUGAAGGGCAAGAAAUGCCUUCUGCUUUGGUGGCUUGAGCAAACAGGUAGUAUGUCACCACAUGCCCCCUGCCCCUGCCCCCUCCUUUCUCGAUGACAGCAGUCUGGGAUGGCACUGUCCAACACGCAAAGGCCUGGAGUGUGGAGUUCACCUUGGGUGUUCCAGGUAGGGACGAGCCUGCAGGGGUGUGAGUGAACCCCAUGCCCGACCUUCCGGCGCUUCUGACACAUGCCUCUUGAGCUGAGCACCGCGAGCCCCAGCACUCCCUCAGCGGACCCUGCACUGGGAACUGGGCCGACUUGGGGUUGGGAGGGGCUUGUGGUCUCCUCCCCCUCAGAGCAAACAGAUUGGUGUGAACCAGCAUUCAGACCACCAGGGGCAGUGGGGAAAGCUGGUGGGAGUGACCUCUUUCCAAAACACUCUUAGGUGUCCUUUCUCACUUGGAGCAGUUAGAAGGAUCUGCCGAGGCUCAAUGCACACGCAAUGAACAGUUCGUCACAUUAAUCUCAGAGAGAUUUGAAUUACGUGAAGUGUUCACAGAAAGCAAGAGGUGUUGUGGCGUGAUGGCGUUCAGGCUACGGGGGCACUACACUGCGUGGGGCCCAGGCGUAAGAGCUCACUUCGUAUUCUCGUGCAUUGGGCUACUGUUAUGUAGUCAAUUGCAUUAAUUUAAUGAGCUUUAUCAUGUGCUCUUCGUUUUAUACUUAAAUCCUGGGCUGGCACAUGGACUGGAAACCAGAGUGGGACCCAGUGACAUCUCCCCCAAGGAGCAGCUUUUGCAGGUUUUGUUGAGAAGACACCUGCCAGCAGUUUUGGAAGCUGAAAUUAACAGAAGCAAAUUCACCAGGAGGGAAAACUCUCAGGCCAACAUAGGCAAAUGAAAGGGCUAUUGACAUUUUUUUACACCUUUGAAAAUUGCAGGCUUGGUGCAAAGAGGUCUGUCAUCUUUCCCCUGGGGUAUAAGGUUAUCUAGUUCUCGUAGAGGAUUACCAGUGACAACUCUAGCAGUCAUAUUGUGUAAUAAGUACUGCUCCCAGUGGCAAUUAGUGAGGAAACUAUUAUGAAUUAUUUCAACUGGAAAAAAAGAGCCCUUUUGCAGAAUACAGCAGACAGCAUUGCUACUUGCAAUUGGUACUUUAUUCUUUGCUGCUGUUUUUUAUAUGAAAUGACUUAUCCCAUAUUUUUGCAUGAAUUUCUACCAGGAAAAAUAAAGGGGUUUCCUAUGGAAGUCCUGUCUUAAUUCCAGGUGAAGGGAAGAAAGUAUAUACUUUGGCAGGUUAUCCACCUCAAAUGUGAUGACAUUUCUGAUGCUACGUGGAGAGGUGGGAGGCUUGCCAGAGCCUCGCCUGCAGGAUCCUACGCCUCUGAAGCCCCAGCCUUGAGGUUUCCAGGUGGGAGCUGCUCACCACGCCUCCUGAGGACACAGGAAGAGACAGAUGGGGAGCAGCACUUGCCAGACCUGUGCUAGUCUCCUCACAGGGCCACUGACAGAACCGAGACAGUGCACAGCUCCGCAUUCCACCUGAGAGCCAAACACUGUGAAGUUUGUGCCUGGUGUGAAAGGACCUGUGGACCGCUGCUUACCGGUGCGGGAGGCCGUCGGGACGCCUGGAUGUGCAGCCGUGCUCCCGGUCAGGUCUGACCCGUGGUGCGCAUUCCACUGUGGCCUCUCCUAACAGCCAUGGGCAUUGGUUCCUGAGGGCCUGCAUUCUCCACCUGCUCCACGAUCCUGUGAGGGCUUCCUCUGGCACCGGCUGUCCUGUAGGUACUUGGCAACUUAGCUUCAGGUACAGCCCCACUUUGGUGAUUGAACGGCCAUGUUUGGCUCUAUGUGAAUGGUGCCUUAGAACCCUCAAUGCUUUGUGUUUUUCCAAAAGCUGCUUACUUGGUCCUUUUUCUUUGUAGACUAGACUCCUGUGGGAGGCAGCAGAAGGAAAAUGCAGGUAAGCCGACCUUUGGCACCACUGAACGCAAUCUGGUCUUACCUAGAGCUUAGGACCUGGCCGCUCUGGUCACAGAGGCUGCACAGGUGCUUUGGGGCCUGUGUAAUAAGUGUCCUUUGUCACAAAACUAGUUAUAUUUUUUAAGUCCUGUCGUAUGAAAGGCAUUUAUACAUUUAACAGCUUUUUUAAAGGACAGCUGAAAGGCGCAAGAGGAAACAAGGGCAGUUCUAGAGGGUGACAGUAGCUGUUAGGUAGCAGUUAAGUGUAGUUGUCCAGGCUCUCCACCAGGUUGCCUUCACCUUGCAGCCCAGAGUAGCUAGCCCUGGGGCGCGGGGCCUCAGCACCUCCCCCAGGAGCCAACUUCUAUUCCCUUUCCUCUCCUCCCCCUUCCAAACUUUAUUUAGUAACUUCGAUCCUUCCAGAGCACACGUAGGGAGCCGCCCAGCGGUUCCGGUUACAGGCCUGUGCUGGAACAUCAUCUCAGCUGGCCAGCUUCCCGGCGGGCUGUAGAAGACCUGACAUUUUGAGACAAGCCUGGAGUCAGGAGCAGGGACUUUGACUCUUAGAACACAUGAGGGCAAGGCUGCUGGCAGACUUUUCCAUUGUCCUUAUGUUGUCUGUGCUGCAUUUUUUUUUUUAUCGACCAUGAUUAUUUUUUAAAAAUCAUUGUUAAUGUAUUGGAAUGAGCUGUAGCACGUAUCUUGUGCUUAGUUUUUUUCUUUCUUUCUCCAUCUCCCCUUGACUUCCUAGAGUGUGGAUGUAUUCCAAGGCUAAAUGCUUUUACUCAGACCGCAGAAACAGGUUUUCUGUAAGCAGUGUGCAUGUCAUGCAUGUAUGAGCAGUCGGGAGAAGGCAGCUAUCUGACUUCAUCCUUAGCUGCCCUUUCUGAGGCUCCCUGUACGUCUCUGCACGGGGGGAGCCCCACUAGGCCACUCUGUCUAGUCCUUAAAAGGUGGAGGGAGAGGAAUCCACAAACAGCUCGUGGGACUACUUACUUACCAGGGGUUACCAGUAGCAAGAGAGGGCAUGAGUUUAGUUCCGGACCCUGUGCCUCACUGUGUGACUUGAAGUGGCAGAGUUGGGCGUUUUCCCAAAAUCUCCAUCGAUGACUCGAAGUUGUACCAUUUUUCUUUGUGUGGCAUACAUGUCCCCUUCCAGAAUCCCUUCAAGUUACCAUCUUCAAAAUGUAUAUCACCCUUUUAAAGAGCAUCAGCUACUUCUCAAGUGGGGGGUGGGGGGGAGUAGAAAAAUUUACAUAGAGGACAUGGAUCAAAAAUGAAGAUGAGGCAUCUCUGGUAGAAGGAAAUGACCGGACGUCCAGGCAACGCUGCAGAAACAAACUUGCCUAUCGUGUAAACUGGAUCGAGAACUUCUCAGUGAUUCUGAAAUUGAUUUUAUGCUCAAGUAAUGUACACUCUUGCAUCCUGGUGUUUUCUAUUUAUAUAAUAACUAUUCAAGACAGACAACUAUUUAAUUUUCUUGAAGAAAAUUGGAAAGGUCUCUCCUCCCAAAGCCAGUGGCUGGGAAGAGCUGGAGGCACAGCCAGUUCUGAUGUGGGUUGAGGCGCAGAGGCUUUUUUUGGCUCAGCAUCCAGACACACCAGCCCAGGCUCGCUAAUCAUGUCGAGGCGUGUGACAGCAGGCAGCUCUGAGCCUCUCCCUGCCUGGGGGUGAAAACUUUACAUGGAGGGCUGGAGCCCCUUCUCCAAGACACCUCCGCUUACCCUCCUGCAACAAGGCUGUUCAGGUCGGCACUCUUGGAAUGGGAAUAGAGCAUGGACGACGUCGACCACCUUCACUUCUCAGCCAGCCUGACCUUUUAAUACCUUUGUAAAAAGCAUGUACGUAUUUAUAGUGUUUUAGCUUUUUCUAACUUUUGUAUCGUAAGAGCAGAGCACCUGGUUAAGCAUUGUACUAUUGUACUAUUAAAGAUUUGUCCCCUCUGUCCUUCUCUUCCAAGUGCCCUUCUAAUAAACUUUUCCUGGAAAAGCUC